CGAAAGUAACAUUGAAUGACGUGUCAAAACUGUCAUCACUUUCUAUGAACGAAAUUCAUGUAUUCAUUGUCCGUCAUAGAAAACAUAUAAAAAGUUAAGACAAAAAAAAAUUUAAAGCAAAAAAAAAGGUUUGUUGGGAAUUUCUACGCGUACGAAACGAGAAAGGAACAAAAAAUUCCAUCGAAUUUAUUGAGUAGCAUUGAACGAAAGUGUAGUUAGCCCGUUUGUAUUGUUCUGUUGAUUAUGAAAUGCCAGCUAGACGUCGUUUUCUCGGAUCUGAAUCAGAUGAAAAUUUCAGUGUUUUAAUUGAUGGAGACAGUACUGUAGUGGACAGUGAAACUAGUAAUAAACUCAUUGAAAGUCCAUAUAGUGGUGACGAAAAGAAAAAAUACGCAACUUCAACGGGCACUAAAUACCUUGGCGGUGUUGGUAGCUAUAGUGUUGCUGGUUUUUCCGUGCCAACCAUCGGUUUGACCAAACUAUCAUCGAGUAUUGGAACAUUUUUGCAGCAGCAAGUGACUCAAGUGGCGAACGCAACCAACGCUGAACAGUUAUUUUUCGAAAAUAAUCCAGCCGUACAGCGAAGCAAUCCAUCCAGUUUCAACAAUAAUAACGCCACCGCCGCCGCCUUGUACGCAGACGACAAUUACGACGACGAUUGUGAUAGAAACAGUGCUAGUGAAAUAGUAAUAAUGGCUUCGCGCGAUCGAAGUGGUGAAUUUUUCAAUGCAAUCCGUUCGAUGCAAGGACGGAACAUUGCACGGGCCGUUAAUAUUCGCGAUCCACGCAAGGCAACACAACUGCAAAGUUACUCAGAAUUUAUGAUGAUCGCAAAGCAUAUAGGCAAAAACAUUGCAAGCACCUAUUCCAAAUUAGAAAAACUAACACUCUUGGCCAAACGUAAAUCGCUGUUCGAUGACAGACCGGCGGAAAUUCAAGAACUGACCUACAUCAUAAAGGGUGACCUUAAUUCGUUGAAUCAGCAGAUCGCACGUUUACAGGAAAUGUCCAAAUCUCAGCGAAAAACGACCAAUGCCAAACAUUUACUAUCACAUUCAUCGAAUAUGGUGCUUGCACUGCAGGCCAAACUAGCCAACAUGAGUACAGACUUCAAACAAGUGCUGGAAGUUCGAACGGAAAAUCUAAAGCAACAGAAAUCUCGACGUGAUCAAUUCAGCCAAGGUGGUAUUGCGAGCAAUCUACCGCCACCAUCAAUGCGAAAAUCAGCCCAAAACAGUCUGUUACUCUCCGAACAGGAUCAAGUUAGUAUCGAUAUGAAUGCUGAUUCAACACCUUUGCUGGCCGGCGAUCCACGGCAAAAUCAACAGCAACAACAACAACAAAUGAUGCUCUACGAUGAAUCCGACAAUUAUGUGCAACAACGUGCCGAAACCAUGCAAAAUAUCGAGAGUACAAUUGUUGAACUCGGCGGUAUAUUCCAGCAGCUGGCGCAUAUGGUGAAAGAACAGGAUGAAAUGGUCGAACGAAUUGAUACCAAUGUUCAAGAUGCUGAAAUGAAUAUCGAAGCGGCCCACGGUGAAAUUCUAAAAUAUUUCCAAACUGUUUCGAAAAAUCGCUGGCUCAUGAUCAAAAUAUUCGGUGUAUUGAUAUUUUUCUUUAUUUUCUUCGUAAUAUUCAUGGCUUAGGAUUAACAACAACAAAAAUAACAACAACAAAAAGUUUAUCGUUAUAUACAUGCAAGGAAAAAUGUUAAUAAAAAAUAACGUUUUGAUUGUUUUCUUUACUUUUUACACGUUGAAAAAAUGGACAAAGUUUUUUGGUUUUUUCAAACGCAAUAUCCAGAAUAUCGUAUAUAUUCCGUUUGUGAUGAUGAUAAAUCAUCGAACAUUUUUUUUCGUUCUAAAGGGACUUCGUUCCCAAUUCACACAUUUUUUUCCAAAUUCCGGUCGUUAUAUUGAACACUAUAAUCGAUUGUAAAUAUGGCCUUAUCUAUUAAUCGCAUGAACAAAAUGAACCAAAUGUUUAUGUAAAUAAAGUAAAACACAGAACAUUUCAUUUUCGCAAGAAAA